AUGAAGAGCUAUCGGCUCCUGCUCCUAUUCACCAUCUUUGCUGCUGUGCUUUUCAUCCAUCGCGAUCGUGUCGCAUAUGCUGGCUUCAAAUCAUGGAAUGCUUCCUCGAGUCUUGUGUUCGGUAGUCAUGUCGACUGGAGUCAGAUCCCCAAGCACCACCCAGUCACGUCUAUGUAUGCUCUGCCCACUGGUCAACCAAAGAAGCUACCGAAAAUUCAGUACAGCUUCCCGACCGAGUCUUCCUCCGAAAAGUCAGUCCGUGAGGAGAGACGAACCGCUGUCCUUGAGGCCUUCAAACGAGCCUGGGAUUCGUACAAGGAGCAUGCCUGGAUGGCUGACGAACUGACCCCCAUCUCGGGCUCCAAGAGAAACACAUUUGCUGGAUGGGCUGCCACUCUGGUCGAUGCAUUGGAUACGCUAUGGAUCAUGGGCCUGAAAGCCGAGUUCAACGAAGCCGUGGCAGCUGCAGUCUCCAUCGAUUUUGCAUCCACGGCACAGGACGAAAUUAACGUAUUCGAAACAACCAUUCGCUACAUGGGCGGCUUUUUGUCUGCAUACGACUUGAGUGCCGACGAAAGACUAUUGGUCAAAGCCAAGGAACUCGGUGAGAUGUUGCUCCACGCCUUCGACACUCCCAACCAUAUGCCCAUUACUCGCUGGAGAGUCAUGGACGCUCGUAGAGGUGCCCCUCAGACUGCCGAUCCGGUCACUUUGGUAGCCGAAAUCGGCUCACUGGUAAUGGAGUUUACACGACUUUCCCAGAUCACGAAGGAUCCUCGCUGGUUCGAUGCGACGCAUCGCGUAAUGAAACUCUUCGAAGAGCAACAGUCUAAGACAAACGUGCCUGGUAUGUGGCCAAUUCUCGUCAACGCCAAAGAUAUGGAUCUUACUUGGCACGACACGUUCACACUCGGCGCUAUGUCGGAUUCCGCCUAUGAGUAUUUGCCCAAGAUGCACGCGCUUCUUGGUGGACUGGAGCCGAUGUACGAGAGAAUGUAUCGUGAUGCCAUGAAUGCUGCGAUUAGAUACACCUUUUGGCGACCAAUGACGCCGGAUAAGGCAGACAUUCUGAUUGCAGGGAUGGCUCACGUCGGUGUAGAUCACAAAGGUGGGCUUGACUUCCAAGGACAGCAUCUUGUUUGCUUUGCAGGAGGCAUGUUGGCUCUGGGUGGAAAACUAUUCAACGACCAAAAUCACCUCGACAUUGGUAGGAAAGUGACAGAUGGCUGCGUCUGGACAUACAAAGCCAUGCCUCUAGGCAUCAUGCCUGAAGUGUUUCACAUGGUUGAGUGUCCCACCAACGAGCCUUGCGAGUGGGACGAGAAGGCCUGGCACAAUGAAGUCUUAAGAAGAAAGGGUGAUGGAGGUGGCGACUUGAACGUCCAGCAGGUCAUUGCCGAAGAACGCCUUCCACCUGGUUUCGCAAGUCUUGAUGAUCGCAGAUACAUCUUGAGACCUGAGGCAAUCGAGAGUGUCUUCAUCCUGUAUCGAAUCACUGGCCGCAAGGAUCUACAAGAGAGUGCAUGGCAAAUGUUCAAUGCCAUUCAAGAAAACACCAAGACCGCACUGGCCAACGGUGCACUUGCAGACAUCUCUCGAGAGGACGGAAAGGUGACAGUCACAGACAGCAUGGAGAGUUUCUGGUUGGCAGAGACGCUCAAGUACUUCUACCUGAUCUUCAGCGAACCUGACUUGAUCAGUCUGGACGACUACACCUUCAACACAGAAGCACACCCAUUCAAGAUUCCAAAGUAA